AUGACAGUCAUCGAUCCCCCCGACAGAAACACGGCCGGGAAGUACGGUCCGAGCAUCGAGGUGGCCGGCUGGGACGGGGAAGGGCCGCUCCAGGUCCGCGACGGCAAGCUGCUGGAGGCGCUCUGCGUGGCCAGGGGUGCCAACCCUCCGUGGACCUCGCGUGGUACUUCAACGGGAGCAAGACAUUUCCUACAAUCAUCUAUUGCCUCCGAGUUUCUUAACUUGUCGUGGGUCUUACUUGUAGCCCGCCCCGCCUCACCCCUCCGCCGCCCUCCCGCAGGCCCCGAGCGAGCUGGUGCGGCCCCAGUCCCGCCGGUGGGAGGGCCUCAGCAACACCUACACCUCCGCCCUCCGCCUCGUCUUCUCCGCCGACGAGCUGUGGGACGAGCAGGGGCGCCUCCACCUGCAGUGCGUGGCCUUCAUCCCGGGAAUCUUCAACGAGUCGGCCUCCCUGGUGCUGCACAACCCGGUGCUGCGCCAGACCAAGCUGUCCGGGCUCUUCGCCGACGGGUGCAGGCUGACGGCGUCGUCCUGCGCGCUGGCGGUCUGCCUCCUGUCGGCUGUCCUGCUCCAGUACCUCCCGCAGGCUCCUCUAGGCUUAUAACGCAGGCGUGUGCUGGAGUCGCGCCCGGAUGAGCCGCGUGGGUCGGUCUCACAAGGGCGGCGGUGACUGCCUGCUCGCCUGCCUGUCCGCCUGCCCGCCUGCCUGAGUCUACCCUUCCCGAAGCCUUAACACCACCAACCACACCAA